AUGGGUGCUGAGGCAUUUAAGGGUUCCAUAGAUCCCAAAGUGGCUGUAGAUUGGUUGAAAAAGACCGAGUGCAUUCUCAAUCAAAUUGGGUAUCCUGAUGACGUCAAGUUUGAUUAUGUUGUAGCCCUCCUCGAAAAAGAUGCUUAUGAUUGGUGGUUAAUCGUACCCGGGGUUGUGGAUAACACCGUUCAACUCACGUGGAACGAUUUUCUCCGACUGUUCAAGGAGCGAUAUGUGCCAAUUGUCUACCAAGAUCAGAAGAAGGUUGAGUUCUUAAUGCUGAAGCAAAAUGAAGGCUAG